AUGGACACCCAAAAGGUGUUUGAAGAUGCUCGAUGUAGGAUCUUUCCUGCUACUUUAUCUAAUGCUGCCCAGAAAUGGUACUUCAAAUUUCCUCCAGCCAGCAUAAUUUCAUGGGAGAUGUUUGUAAAGGAAUUCUACGGACAAUUUUAUGCUGGUCAGAUACAUCCAACAGAGGCCAAUAAGCUAGUCGAUAUAAGAAAAAAUGAAGGAGAACCUUUAAAAGAGUACAUCCAGAGGUUUAUGCGAGCAACGACUCGGGCCAAAUCAGUUGGAGAUGAGGGAAAGAUGAUGGGCAUCACCGCUCAGGUGCAAUGCCAAUCUCCCCUUUGGAGCAACCUAAGGAAAAAUGGAGUAAAAAAUACUCCAGAAUUUUUAGAUCGAGCAGAUAAAUACAUCAAGUUGGAGGAGGCUAUAGCCAAUGACGGAAAGUCUCCAAAGGCCGACCAGGGCAAAACAGAGGAGUCGACCAAGGCUGCUAGUGGGCCUAGCAAACCCAACAACAAUAACAACAACAAUAAUAAUAAGAAUGGAGAAAAAUGGAAAUUUUUUGAGGAGAUGACAUCUAAUAAUAAGCACCCUAAGGAGAACAUGUACAAGUUGAGGUUCACUAACCACAGGACCCUGGUCGACAGCAGAGCAGAAGUGUAUUAG